GCCACGACAGAUGUAACCAAGGUCUUCUAUCAAACAAACGUGCAUGAUAAAGAUGGAUUUAUUAAGCAAAGUUUAUUCGGAAUAUGAUAAAAACAUCAGAAAAAAGCGUUUUGUCGCCGUAAUAGUGAUUUUGAUGAUGUUUUUUGCUAUUUGGAUCUCCUCCACUGAUUAUGCACCGCAGAGUCUCAUGCUCAUCAACUCCAUUCCAGUAGAACGUGACGCCAAAUUCAUCAUAAAACCCUCCAAAGAAAACCUUAUUGCACCAAAUGCAUUGCACAAUACUACCUUUUAUAAAAGCAUUGUCCAAUAUGUUCAUGAUCAAAGUCAUGUGGAACAUUGUUCAAACAGAAGGUACAUUAUUUACCGCUGCAAUGCAGGAAAGCUUUGCGGGGGAAUCGGCGACCGACAGAAAGGAAUCAUUACCGCAUUUCUACUUGCUUUACUUACAAAGAGAACCUUCAUAAUCGAUGUAAGUAAUCCAUGUAAGCUGGAGACGAUUUUGAGACCCAGUUUAUAUGACUGGACGACUUGUAAAGACUAUGCUCUAAGUGUCCCAGCCGUUGAUUCAAUGUCUCUGCAUUUAAUAGGCGAUCACACAUUCAGAUCUAAGAUUUCAAAACAAGAUUUUCGCCAGUGGAAUAAAACAGUAGUGUUCAUUAUGCUGAACUGGUUAUCCUUUCCUGGAAUACGACAGCAUGAUGUUACAAAAGUUAUGAAUUUGUUUACUGCUAUCACGAACGAAGAAGCAAUAAGAGUUGUAUUGGAAUCAUUGUUUAAACCAAGCCAUAGUAUGGACACAGAAAUCAAUGCAUUUAACAGAAACCAAAGGCAGGACCGUCAUCUUGUUUGUGCGCAUAUAAGAACAGGAGGGAACCCUUCGAUACCCCUCGAUUCGAAAUCAGAUAGAAGGAAUCCAAAUGUUUCAAUCAUAUUUUCAUUCCUAGAAAAAUACGAUACACAUGAAAAUGUGAUUUAUAUUGCAACAGACGCAGAUGAAGUUAAGAACAAUAGUUAUUUGACUUUUAAGAACGUAAUAACUCUUAAAAGAAAAAUUGUGCACGUUGAUAAACUAGGAAAUAUGCAAAUGGAUACAGCGUGUGAAGGAUAUUUUACAGCUAUCUUGGAGCAAUACAUUCUGGCUGGUUGUGACACCUUAAUUCUCACACACAGCAACCUUGGAUUCAUGGCUGCCUAUGAAAGAGGAGUUGUCGAUCAAUUGUUCUUGUAUAAUAAGAAGAUAAACGUAAUUCAAAGAGCAAAGACUUUGGAAGAUAUAUACAAUGUAUAUGGCUAUAUAUAGAGAAAAUACCGUCGGAUAUAUCUUCGUAAAUCGGUUUAAAGCUGCACUCUCACAGAUUGAAGGUUUUGACACCUUUUUUGUGGUUUUUGUCUUGCAUCGAGCCAUUUUUUUUUACGAAAAUGCACAGAAACUAGUGAUAUAAGA